AUGCCUCCCCGUCAUGUUCACCACCUGCAUCAGCUUCCAUGCCCUGUUCCAGGAUGCUUGCGUUGGUUUCGAAGCCAGUCAGGUCUUACCCACCACAGGCGCUCGAUUCACCCUACUUCAGGACCGUCCCUUCGGGACAUCCCAUCACCACCCCAGUCACCACUUCCCCCGCCAUCCCGGUCACCCUCUCUCCCUCGAGAUUUCUCACUGCCCCCUCGAGAUUUCUCACUGCCCCCUCCGGAUUUUUCACAACCACCCCAGCCGUCAUCUCCCAUACUCACUGGUCCAGUCCACGAGGAUUUAAAUAGCACUGAUGCCGAAUUCACUGAUGCGAGCGAGCGUUACUUUCGUACGUAUCAUUCAGUGUUAAACGGACGACCAUGCGCAGCUGAUGGAACAUUUCUGCCGCAUGGCACUCCCCCAACUCCCGCACCAUUGAAGGCUCCUGAUGAUUGGAGUCCCUAUCGCAACAGAAUAGAAUUCGAGCUAGCAGAGUUCGCAUUCAAAAAGUGUCACAUGUCUGCAAGAAAUUUGGAUUUCUUGUGUGACUUAAUGGCCACAACUCUUGCGAGACACCAUGACACCCCUCCAUUCGCGGAUCACAAAGAUCUACACAACAUUAUAGAUGCGACACAACUCGGUGAUGUCCCUUGGCAGUGUUUCUCGGCCCAAUACUCAGGAGAACGACCUGAGGUUGUCCCACCAUGGAUGGAUGAUGAAUUCGAGGUCUGGUACAGGGACCCCCGUGCGAUGGCACACAACAUACUCGCCAACCCUGAUUACAAGGAUGAGAUCGACUACGUGCCGUUUCGUGAAUACGACACAUUCGGACUCCACACGCCGAUGGAAGGAUUUCAUGUCCGGAGACUGGGCAUGGCAACAGGCAGUACGUCUUUCAUAUCUUUAUGGUAUUGCUUUGGAUAUCGCUCAUAUUUCCGGCUUAGUGAGCUAUGCACUCGCCUCAACCCUGCGUAG